AUGUCCGAGCUGAGCUUCUCUAAUAAUGUGUUUGAAGCAGUGUAUGAUGUAGUCCACUCCAUAAACAACCUGUUGACCAGCAGGCACAGUAAAGGCCAAGGUGUGAAUAGGAACUGUGCACAAAGAGACAGCAUCGAGCCAGGACAGGUGAGACAGCAUCGAGCCAGGAUAGGUGAGACAGCAUCGAGCCAGGACAGUGACAGCUGCUUCCAAGGGUUCCUCCAGGCAGCGAUCAAAAACAAUACCAGUCUGCGGUUUGUCCUGUAUCCCCUCUGUGCUGUUGGGGAGAUCAGCAACCUAACAGUAAGUUCUCAGGAAUACUGGUCAAACGGAGACAAGAUUCGCUGUGUCCCUAAGGAGGCGUCAUGUCUCUCAUUUGAAACCAUGGGAAUCAUGGGAAUCCUCCUGGCUGCAAUCUCAUUGGUCGGAGCGUGUUUAAUAACCACAGUGGUGACAUUGGUCUUCGCUCACUUCAAAAAGACUCCCAUUGACAGGGCCAACAACUCUGAGCUGAGCUUCCUGGGGAAAACAGUAGUGGUGUUGAUGGCCUUCAGGGCUACACUUCCAACCAGUAAUGUCAUGAAAUGGUUUGGUCCUCCACAGCAGAGACUCAGUGUUCUGGCUUUCACUCUCAUACAGGUCCUGAUCUGUGCUCUUUGGUUAACAGUUUCCCCUCCUUUCCCCUACAAGAAUAUGAAAACAUAUCAGGACAAGAUCAUUCUAGAGUGUAAUGUGGGUUCAGCUAUUGGUUUCUGGGCUGUGUUGGGCUAUAUUGGACUCCUGGCUCUCUUGUGCUUUGUGCUGGCUUUUCUGGCUCGGAAGCUGCCUGAUAACUUCAAUGAGGCCAAAUUCAUCACCUUCAGCAUGCUCAUAUUCUGUGCAGUCUGGAUCACCUUUAUCCCAGCUUAUGUCAGCACUCCUGGGAAGUUCACUGUAGCUGUGGAGAUCUUUGCUAUUCUGGCCUCUAGUUAUGGUUUACUUCUCUGUAUAUUUGCUCCCAAGUAUUAUAUCAUAUUACCUCUACUUUAUACACACUUUAGUAUUGAGAGGGGUUAG